AUGGCAGCUAUAGUUACAGGACUUAUCCCAAUCCUGCGCACUGCAGUGGACACCAGCACCACUUACAAAGGGCGCGCUAUUUGGUUCGGCUUCCUCUGCGUUCGCCUUGUGACCCUUUUUGUGGCUGAAAUGCCCUGGUUCAAGCUGGACUCGGAUUUUAGCUGCAACUCCACCAAAGAUGUGUGCACUAAAGCCUGCUUUAAUCAACAUUUUGACAAGCCUGCUGUGAUGGCCUGGAACUUUCUCUUCAUCUUGCUGGUCGUCUCAGUCCUCAUCAUGGAGCUGUUCACAGCCCAUGUGCGCUCUGUCUUACUGAAGAAGGCUGUGAGAGAGAGGAAGGGGGUGGAGGUAGAAUCCCUUGGAGAGCUGAAAAGUAAAAGUGAUCUUGGGGCUAACUCAGGAGCGGUGAUGAUCCUCGACAUGCAUGGAAGCAUGCACGCAGUGCUCUCCUAUCUUCUCAGCAUGAUACUGCGAAUUGUGGUGGAGGGCUGCUUCGUUUAUGUUUUGCUCUAUUGGAACCUGCCUAAACUGAGGCAAACCUCUUUCCUGUGUAAUGCCAUGGACCAUGGAUGUGCAGAGCAUCAAUGUGUAGUGAGGGCUACAGCAGAAAAGCGCAUGUCUAUCUACGCUCUAGCGUCCAUUUCUAUCCUGGUUAUCAUUAUCAGUUGUCUGUUUUGCCUUUACUUCAUUGUCCAUUACAUCUUCAACUGCUGUACCCAAAGAUCGAAUGAUGAGUAA